AUGCAAAUAUGCUCUGAAAAGCAACAGCAGGUGAUGUUGGCAGCAAAGCGUCAACAAGAACUAGAGCAACAGCAUAAACGAGAACAACAGCGGCAAGAAGAAUUGGAGAAACAGCGCCUGGAACAGCAGUUACUCAUCUUACGCAACAAGGAGAAAAGCAAAGAAAGUGCUAUUGCAAGCACUGAAGUGAAGCUGAAACUUCAAGAAUUCCUUCUCAGCAAGUCAAAAGAGCCAACUACAGUGGGUAGCUUGAAUCAUUCCCCCACUCAGCAUCCCAAAUGCUGGGGGACUCAUCAUACCUCAUUGGACCAGAGUUCCCCUCCCCAGAUAGGAAGUCCGGGAACACCAGUCUCUUGCAAGUUACCUUUACUCAGCACUUAUGAUGGUAGAGAUGACUUUCCACUCCGGAAAACUGCCUCAGAACCCAAUUUAAAAGUGCGCUCACGAUUAAAACAGAAGGUGGUGGAGAGGAGAAGCAGUCCUCUGUUGAGGAGGAAAGAUGGGACAGUCAUCAGCACCUUCAAAAAAAGAGCAAUUGAAAUCACAGGUGCUUUCAUUGCAGUGUCUUCAAUGUGCAACAGUGCUCCUGGAUCUGGCCCAAGCUCCCCAAACAGCUCCAACAGCGUCAUUGCAGAAAAUGGGCUUACUGGGUCAGUGCCUAAUAUACAUACUGAGAUAUUGCCCCGAGCUGUCACCGUGGAUGGAUCAGCCAGCCAACUCAGCCUAUACACUUCUCCAUCACUGCCCAAUAUCUCCUUAGGACUCCAGGCUACUCUCACAGUCACAAAUUCACACCUCAAUAUACAUCAAAGCGAAAGUAGGAACAAAGCAGAAACAUCCUCAAUCCACAAUAGCGUGUGCUCCCCCUCCCUUUUUGAAUGGCAGCGUUCCAAUAGGGACCUGACACACAGGAUGCAGGUGCAGGUGGCUCCCCCAAGGUUCGAGCCACCUCCCAUCAAGCCCACCUUUGAUGGGGACCCCGAAAAGCUGACCUUCUUACUAAACCAGGUGUGGGCUCAUUUAGAUCGCUACGCUUAUGCCUACCUGGAUGGGUCUAUGAUGGUGAAUGCUGUGGCGGCAAAUUUAGAGGGGGAAGCAGCUGACUAG